CAGCUGCAGAGUGAGCUCGCGGGGCAGAGAGAGCUGUGACAGCGCGAGGCACAAUCCGCGUGCAGGCAGCGCGAGACGCAGACGUACCGACAAGCUGAGUGAAACAUGACUGGACGCCAAACAAAUGCUCAAGUGAUGACUGACUGAGAGUGGAAGAAAUGACUGAAGAUUACAAAUCCUGGGAAUUAAAAGAGAAGAUGCCAGCUGCACGAAAACAAAACUGUUUGGUUACUUUAGUGAACUGGAGAUGCUGUUAAUGGUGCUACCUCCAAUGGAUCCCUAAAGUCUUGCUGAAGAAUUUCAACAUCAAGAUAUCUGCUGAAAGGAUCUCUUGGUGGUCAUCAGCAAGCGUGGCCCAGUAUGUGGCCACCUGACCUCGGGCCUCCGGACGUCCAGCUCACUCUUCCUGGUUUUGGAAGUGCGUUUGAGAAUGCUGAAGACCUCCAGGCGCCUCUUUCUUCUGGUGGCUUCUGUCAGUCCUCAGCUGGGCUGGGGGUUUGUUGUCUCCCCAGGACUUCCAUGUCCCUGUCCUCUCUGGGCCGGGACCUCACCUCUCUGCUCAGCUGUAAGACAGCAGGACCCCACAUAGACAAGACUAUGGAGGACUUUGCGACUACAGCACAUAAAGAUCCUAAAAACAACAGCCAGAGACUCAGCUGUUACCCACAGCCAUCCCUCCCUCUGUCCUACACGCUCACAAGCUGUGCAACAUCUCCUCCUUUUGGCUCUCCACCAUCCUCUCAGUCCUCUUCCUCCUCCUCCUCUUCAUCUUUAUUUUUCCCCUCCCCUUUGCCUCUCUCCGAUGCACCUGGAGGGAACAAGACUCCUCACCAACAGCAAAAGAUGCAGGAAGAGUAUCACUCCAUCAAGCAAGAGCCUGAAGAUGAAUUCUCUCCAUGUAAAAGGGAACUGUUUCAAAUGACCAACCAGCAGGGGGAGCUGUUCCAGACCCUCCAAGGCCCCACCAGUCAGGACAGCACCCCGCUCCAUUUCCAGAGACCCAACGGUCCUGUAAGACAGGAUCCUGCAGUGGACCAGCAGGAGCAGCCGUGUCACUGGAUUGACUGUAGUGCCUCUUACAACAGCCAGGAGGAGCUGGUGAGGCACAUCGAGAAGGUGCAUAUCGACCAGCGCAAAGGAGAAGAGUUCUCCUGUUUCUGGGCCGGCUGUGUGCGACGCCACAAACCCUUCAACGCUCGUUACAAGCUGCUCAUCCACAUGAGGGUCCAUUCUGGAGAAAAACCCAACAAAUGCAUGUUCGAGGGCUGCUCCAAGGCGUUCUCCCGUCUAGAGAACCUGAAGAUCCACCUGAGGAGCCACACAGGAGAGAAACCAUACAUCUGCCAACAUCCCGGCUGCCUAAAAGCCUUCAGCAACUCCAGUGACCGAGCGAAACACCAGCGCACACAUCUGGACACGAAGCCGUACGCCUGUCAGAUCCCAGGAUGCACCAAACGUUACACCGAUCCAAGCUCGUUACGAAAGCACGUCAAAGCUCACUCAGCCAAAGGCCUUCAGGAGCGAGAGGUCAAGGUUCAGGUGCAUACAUUGCUGGAAUCAGACAUAUUGAGUGACUGUUUGGCAAGGCAGCAUCUCCACAGCUCUGCCUCUUCUCACCAAGGAAGCAGCCCACCUCUGCCGAGUCUAGAAGACUUCACAGGCGUGUACUCCAACAGCAGCACGGUCCAUAGCAGAGGAAAUUCAGAGUUUCUUCCUCCAUCAGCAGACGCCUGCUCCAGGUAUCCAAGCCUGGAGGGGAACUUUGAUGCCAACAGUCCAAUAUCUUCACUCACGAGCCCAAGCAGCAUGAGAGAGGGGAACAGACAGUCAUCAUUGUUCAUGGCUGCUGACGUCAGCCCGGUGAGCUCCACUUCAGACCGAACAAACGUCCCACUGCAGAGCUACAACAAAACUUACAGCAACCAACAAGUUCUCUCACAGCAGCAAGGAUGUCUGUAUGGAGAGGAAAAGGAGGCUCAACCAGUCAGUGAUGGAGGAUUUGAACCCUCUAGUUACUUCACAAACUCCUCCUCCUCUCAUUCUGUAGGGUUUGACUUGUUACAGGACCUGCAGGGUCAGGCAGGGGGCGGGUACUUCAUGACUCCCUGCUCAGAUGACAGCUUCCUCUUCCAGACUGGAGGCGUUGACCGCUGUCUCAACCAGAUCUACUCCAUCUACCUGGACUCAUGAGAGACCUGCAUCAGAAUUACUCUGAGUACCAAAGGUGGCGUGUUUAAUGCUGGUGGCAGACAAUCACAGUAUUGUCUAUCAAAGGCUGAACAGUCAGAAUUGUUCUCAUUAGUGCGAGUUAUUUAUAAAAGAGAAUGUUAAUGGGAGAAAACAUGUGCCAAACAGAAAAAGAGAACAUCUUGUCAGUUAAUAAUGUUAGUAGCAAUGAUAUUUUUAUACAGAGAUGACCACAGAAGUCAUUUAUCUGGAUGGAAUUAGCUGUUUUAGCUCUUUUAUGUUUAAUCCAUGAAAAUUCAAAAAGCUUGUGUUCUUGCUCCAUUGAGGUUAACUCUCCAUGACAGCUUUUCCUUUGGGAAAUGCCUCACAAAAACAAGUAAUACGCCGAGAUCAGAGCUGAUUUAGAAGCUACCAAAGAAAAGAAAAAAAAGUUUUAACAGUUCCAGAUGAAAGCGGAUAAGAUCCAAGGUUCAGUACACCAAAGGUUCACUCACUCUUUGACUUUAACGUAGACUCUUCAAGCUUCAAGAUCAAACAAAUCUAUGGGAGUUUGUCUUUCAUUUGUUUAUUUGUAUAGGGACAAGUAUGAACUGUUGUCCCACACUACAGUAUUUACAGUGCAUUCAGAAAGUAUUCAGACCCCUUUCACUUUUUUUUCAAUUUUGUUAUGUUGCAGACUGAUGCUACGGUAAAAAAAUAGAUAUAUAUAUACAUUUUCAUUAAUCCACACUCAGUAGCUCAUCAUGACAAAGUAAAACAGAAUUUUAGAAAUCAUGCAGAUUUAUUAAAAAUAAACAUACUGAAACAUCAGAUUGACAUUUUUCAGACCCUUUGCAACAACACUUUAAAAUUAAGCUCAUGUUCCUCCCCUUUCUCUUGAUCAUUGCUGAGAUGUUUCUACACCUUGAUUUGAGUCCACUUCUGGCAAAUUGAAUUAUCGGACAUGAUUUGGAAAGGCACACAACUCUCUCUGAGUUUGGCACAACCAGGACUCUUCCAAGAGCUGGCCCAGCCAAACUGAGCAAGCAGGGAAGAAUGGCCUUAGUAAGGGAGGUCACCAAGAAUCCAAUGGUUGCUUUUACUGAGCUCCAGAGAUCCUGUGUGGAGAUGGGACAAAGUUCCAGAAGGACAACCAUCACUGCAGCCCUCCACUGAUCUGAGCUUAAUGGCAGGAUGGCUAGACAGAAGCCUCUCCUCUGUGGCUUUGCUGUGGAUUUUUUGCAGACUUGAAGCAGGCUUUCAUGUGUUUUGCACUGAGAAGAGGCUUUCAUCUAGCCCCUUUGCCUUAAGUCCAGAUCAGUGGAGGAUCGUGAUGAUGGUUGUCCCUCUGAAACUUUGUCCCACCUCCACUCAGAAUCUCUGGAGCUCAGCCAGAGUGACCUUUGAGUCCUACUCACCUCUUCUACUAAAGCCCUUCUCCCCUGAUUGCUCAGUUUUGUCAGGUGACCAGCUCUUGGAAGAGUCCUGGCUGUGCCAAGCUUCCUCCGUUUGAAAAUUAUGGAGGUCACUGUGCUCAAGGGACCCUUCAGUGCAGCAGAACUUUUUAGUAACAUUCCCCAGAUUUGUGCAUUGCAACAAUCCUGUCUCUGAGCUCUGCAGGCAGUUCCUUUGACUUGAUGGCUUGGUUUUUACUCUUAUAUGCAUUGUCAGCUGUGAGGCUUUCUUGUGGGGAUUACAAAUCACUGGCAAUCAAUUUAUAUCCAUCCAGCCUCGCUUGGAGUGAUGGGUAUUCCAGCUCCUUUAAGAGAUCUAGAUCUUUUGGCUCAGCCCAGUGAUAAGAACCAGCCUCUCUGCUUUCAUAUGGUGUUUCAUUUGGUACCAUUUUUUUUAUGUCUGUAAACAACGAAAAAGGGGGAAAAAGGCAACCAGCUUUCACACAUUUUCACUCAGUUCCCAUCAUUCCCAUUAAAGAGCCCCUGGCACUUUGAACCAGCUUAUUCAGAAAUUACACGUCACUACUCACUUUUCACUCAUCUCCUUGAUCUGGAUGGUAACCCACAAGGUCUAAUGUUUCUUUAAAAAGCAUGCUCAUGAAGAUGUGAGGGGAAAAGCUGAUAGAGAUGCAUGGUAUAGUAUGCAGGGAUAUCAUGCCACUGUAAGAGAACCACAUAAAUGAUGUAUGGGCUGUUGUGUACAUACAAGGUGGGCAACUGAUUUCUGAUUGCAGGUCAUCACUGAAGCAUAGUGUUCCUGUGUGGAUGCAUGCACUAAAGGGUAGUGAAUGCCCAGUCAGAGUCAUAGUCAAAGCACCAGAGUGGUAUCAGAUCUAUCAUCUUGAAUGAAUCAUUUGUUUUCCCAAAUCUCAUUUUGUGUUUAUCAGCAGGAAAAUGACCUUGUAAUCGAAGUGACAUUGAGCAAAUUCCAACUGCAUGUUCAUCACUUUCUUACUCGGGUUCAGUUACAUGAAGGUGGAUCAGUCUGUGUAGUGUAGCAGUGCUGCCACCUAGUGUCCGAAUCAGCAGAUAUGAUAAUGGUAUACAGGUUUAUGCAGUGAGUGGUACUGUGGUACACCUGGACAGGUAAACUGACAUAUAAGACAAAGAAAAACUGCACUAAAUGUACAAGUUGUGAUCUGUCUGCCAGCAAAAACUCAAUAAGUAUAAUCAAUGACAGAAGCAUAAUCUCUUUUUAAUUGUCUUUUAUUGCUUUAUUACAGUGCCUUUACAUGUUUUAAUAUUUCUAUGUGUAUUUUUGUUUCUAUCAGUGUUAUAUCCAGUGAGAGGGAUUGUGAGUGUGCAUUGUUUACAUAAAGUUCUGUGCACUCUUUUCUGUCUCAUCUCAGAGACUUAUAAAAUGACCAACCAAAAAAUGUUUACACUGAUUUUGUAGCAAUCCAGAGAUUUCUUAUGAUUGUUUUUGAACAGUGUAUAUAGACUGCAUUAAUGUAUACUUGUCUUUUUAUAUCUGAAUAAAAACAUCUGUUUGUA